AGCAUCAGUUAGCAAAUGAAACAUAUGUUUGCUGUCAGAAUGAACUUUGGUGAUCCUGCUUAUGUUAAUAUUACCAAGUAUAUGUCCGACAUGACUUCCACAUCUUUUGCGAAGGAAAUUUGGCAUAAGAUAUAUGAUAACACAACUUUCCCUCCUGAAUAUUACCUGAGCAGGUGGAGUCAGCUACAAGAUAAUGGAACGAGUCAUUUCUACAUCGUUGAUGCAGAGAGAAAUGCAGUGUCAGUAACAACAACAGUCAACUAUCCAUUUGGAGGCGGGGUGUUAUCCCCUUCUACUGGGAUCGUGUUACAUAACGAAAUGGGUGAUUUUUCAACUCCUGCAGAAGUAAGUCCUGACAGUCCUCCUCCUGAUCCUGCAAAUUUUAUACAACCAGGAAAACGACCCUUGUCUUCGAUGACUCCCCUCAUUAUUCUCAAGGAUGAUCAACUGGCAGGAGUUAUAGGUGGUAGUGGUGGGAUGAACAUAAUUCCAGCAGUAACCCAGGUUUUCCUAAACCAUUUUGUUUUGGGAAUGGAUCCUCUCACUGCUGUCCAAAAUGAAAGAGUCUACCAUAAGCUAAUUCCGAAUGUAGUCCUAUAUGAGAAUGUGAUUGUGAUUGACGGGGAGCACAUUGAACUUCCCCAUAGGAAGGAGGACUUUCUUGGAGAAGAGGGGUCACAAACUGCAACCUAUUGA